AAUAUGCUCAACGAUAUGUUCCUAUAUUCUAGGAUCUCGAUACUUGACCAUAUCCCUUGUAUAGAGGAACCGUAGAACAAACUUGUGUAUAUAUUGAUUGUAUCGUGUUUAUGAUUGAUCAAGGGAAAUACAUACAAUUUCAUGGUAUCAGAGCUAAAGCUCUUGAGACCCUAAUCUUCUUCUCUUCCCUUUCUUUCUAAAUUUCUUUCUACCAUCCCUCUCUUCUAAAGUUCUCUGUCAAUGGCCGCACCAAAUCCCGUUGAUUUCGACCGUGCCUUUGGCGUAACGAACAUUAAAACCCAUAUCCCUAUCAACCUCGACUUUGAAGAUCACAACUAUGACGCCUGGCGUGAGUUGUUUCUCACUCACUGUCUCGCAUUUGACGUGAUCGGUCACAUCGAAGGCACCUCUCUCCCUACAAAUGAUGAUGACAUGCCGUGGAAGAAGAAGGACGGCUUGGUCAAGCUAUGGUUAUACGAAACCUUGACUCAACCAUUGUUCCGCAGCACGUUUCAAACUGGUGGCUCCGCUCGCGACAUCUGGCUCCGCGUUGAGAACCAAUUCAGGAACAAUAAGGAAGCUCGAGCAAUCCAACUCGACCAUGACUUGCGCACCACGGAAAUUGGAGACCGUACGGUGCAAGAGUAUUGUCAAACCCUAAAAUCCAUAUCAGAUCUCUUGGCCAAUCUCGACGCCCCAGUACCUGACAGAACACUCGUGAUGUAUCUUCUGAAUGGCUUGAACGAGAAAUUUGAUAACAUCCUCAAUGUCAUCAAACACAAGGAACCCUUUCCUACGUUUGACUCAGCGAAACAGAUGCUUCUCAACGAGGAAACACGACUCAAGAAAGCUACUAAGGCGCCAGCGACUGCAGACAGCGCUUCCUCAUCGACAGUUCUCACGGUCUCAACAGAAAAACAACCUCAACGCUUCAACAAUGGGAACAUGAAGCAAAACAAUCGAGGCCGUGGUCGUGGACGCAACAACCAGCAACGCUCUUGGAACAACAACUGGCAAAACAGCAAUUGGAAUCCGCAUUACUCAGUACCGUUCUAUCAACCGCCAAUGAUGCAGUGGCCUGGAUUCCCUACUCCAUGGAUUCAGCAAGCAAACAGAGGCAUUCUCGGCCCUGCUCCUCAACGUCAACAACAGCAACAACAAGCUCUAGUUGCUGACCCACAAUACCAACCGACAACCAAUUUUGCUCAAGCUUUCAAUACCUUGACUAUUGCUGAUCCAGGCGCUGCAGACUGGUAUAUGGACUCUGGUGCUACAGCUCACUUAGCAUCGUCAUCAGGUACACUAAAUUAUGUUCUUAAAAAUAGCACCGGAAUGUCAGUCAAAGUCGGAAACGGUUCUCAUAUUCCCAUUACUUCAUCAGGCUCAACUUCUUUAGCUUCAUAUUCUCGUCCUCUUUCAUUGAAAAAUGUUCUUGUUGCUCCUAAUAUCAUCAAGAAUCUUAUCUAUGUUCGUCGAUUUACUAAUGAUAAUUGGUGCUCGGUUGAAUUUGACCCGUUUGGUUUUUCUGUAAAGGAUCUCAGCACCAAGCGGAUACUGCUCCGCAGUGACAGUUCAGGGGAUCUUUACUCUGUUCCUCAACAACUCAAUAAACUGGCGAACACUCCUCACGCUUACCUUGCUGCUGCUCCUUCUCUCUGUUCAAAUCCUCUAUCCAAUCGUUUCAAUGCGAUAAUGGUGGCGAGUAUAACAAUACCAACUUCCUAA